GACAUCAUCGUUACAAGAUUCAGACGUAUUUAAGUCAGUCUGAACAUACGUCACUCAAGCUACAAGCGCUUGCGGAGUUUCGAUUCAAAUAAGCUACAGUUGCAGACGACCGAGCAGACAGUCUAGUGUCACUCCUGAAAAACCGGUCCACAACAUUUCCAGCACCGCUGUAACCAUGGCAAUGCUUGGAUUCUUGAAAUCAGCUGGACGUGUGGCCCUUGCAAGGAAUCCGUCCCCAUUCCUCUGCAGUUCCUUGAAGCAAGCAGCAGUACCUUCGCUCUUCAGGAUGAUGAGUGCCCUCGCGAGUCAAAAUGAUGUGCUCUUCAGGCAGCUCUUCGACCGAGAAACCUGCACGUACACGUACCUCCUCGCGGACACCCAGACGAAGGAGGCUGUGCUCAUCGACCCCGUGAUUGACUUGGCCGAGCGCGAUGCCAAGCUGGUGGGCGAACUGGGACUCGAGCUCAAAUACGUCAUGAAUACCCAUGUUCAUGCUGACCACAUCACUGGAACAGGCCUCCUGAAGAAGCUUGUGCCUGGCUGUCAGUCAGUCAUAGCAGAGGUCUCAGGAGCAGUAGCUGAUGUGCUCAUCAAACACGGAGAGACUGUGAAGUUUGGUGAGCAUGAACUUGAGGUCAGAAGCACUCCAGGUCACACAAAUGGCUGUGUGACUUAUGUUAGCCACAAUCUGAAGUCUGUCUUUACUGGCGAUGCUCUCCUAAUCCGUGGGUGUGGGAGGACUGACUUCCAAGAGGGCAGUGCAGAAACGCUUUAUGAAUCUGUGCAUAGCCAGAUUCUCAGCCUUCCUGAAGAUUAUGUUGUAUAUCCAGCUCAUGAUUAUAAGGGCAAUACUUCAUCAUCUGUCGGCGAGGAGAAGCAAUUCAACCCUCGACUUACCAAGCCGAAGGAUGAAUUCAUUGAGAUCAUGAACAACCUUGGUCUGCCGUAUCCCAAGAAGAUUGAUAUUUCCCUGCCACCAAACAAGGUCUGUGGCCUUUACAACUUGCCAGAUGAACUUGCUGCAAAGUUGGAGGAUUAGAAAAGUGGUCAGGAAAUGCCCCUGAAGGAGAAAAGAAAUUUGAAUAUAUUGUAUUUGUGAUUUUUUUUUUCUGUGGUUAGAGUCUGUUAUAAAAAUAAAAGCAUAAAGGUGUUGGUAAAGAUAUAUUUACUAAUAUUAGCUAAAAUAUAUGAUAUGUAUGGGGUGCCUAAAGUCUGUGAUAAUAUGGAAUGGAUAAAGGAUUUGUAGGAUGGAUAUCUUGGGAAGUAUUAACCAGAGAAAUUUACAAGGUCAUGAAAGCAUGGAAUCACACUAAAAAACAAAUGAGUUUAAGUAGCAACAUCAGCUGUUAUUUCCCAGGCUAUCUUUUUCUGUGAUUUCUUUUCUAAAAUCUUGUCUGUGUGAUUUGAAAACAGAAAUUAUAAUCAUUUUUUUUUUGUAAGGUAGAUAAUAACUUUCUUUAGAUAAUUGGAAAAUAUGCAGAGAAGAUAGUGAUAACAUUUCUACAAAGCAAGCUGCAAUAAUGUUCAUGAUCUGAGUGCAACAUAUCUUUACCAAAGUCAUUUUGUUAGUUUUUAUCCUUGUAUCCUGUAAUAGCAGUCAUAAAUUCACCUCAGAUAGCAUUAAUCCUACACAGGCUUGAAACAAAUACGUGUUAUGCUGUGUUCGGAACUCCUCGUCUUGCUUGUCCAGGACCAGCAGGACAAGUGGACCGCAUUCGGAACCUCCAAGACCCUUUCUGCCCGGAAUGCAACUGGCUCGAAUGUAAACAUUCACUUUUUUUAUCAUUCCGGUGUCUUUAUUUUACAUGCUGCAUUGGUUUUGUAACUCCUUUGAUGCAUAUUUAACUUAGCUGCAACUGACAAACACAAAAAUAUCCUUUGAUAACACCCAUAAAGGGUCAUAAAAUUACCCACCAAUAUCUUGUGGUUACCUGAAAUUGUCAUUGUUUACAUACAUUUUGACGUCAUCUGGUCCUGCUCGUCCAGGUUUGCAGGAGGCUGAGAUGGACAAGAUGGAUGAGAUGGACAACUUGUCCAGGACGAGAUAGUAGAGGUUCCAAACGGUUAAAACAUCUCAUCCAACUGGUCUGAACGAGCAGGACGAGCAGUUCUGAACACAGCCUUAUUGCAUUUAAAUGACAAUCUAGCAUUACCCAAAUGUUUUUAGAUAUGAAGGAAAACUGUGGUUACCUUUUUUAUUUUAGAAAAUGAAAUAUAACAGUACAGUUUUUACACAAGAGCAAUUUAGUCUACAAGUAGUGAUGUUAUUAUAAUGCACUUUUGGUUAUGGAAAUAAAUGGAAUAUUUUUAUCCUUGC